UUCCCGGCUUAACUCUCUCUCUCUCCACCGUCGGCUCAGAUCUAGACGGACAUGCUCCGGAGAAAUCGUUAAGCUCUCAAUUUAUAUGAACCAAACAUGAAAAGAUCUCACAUUUCUUCUCCUCGUUCUUAUUCUCGACAAGCGAUUUCAGUAUUCGGCGUUUUUCUUUUAUUCCUUCUGGGUUUAACACUAACCUCUCGAAAACCAUCAGAUUCAUCCUCCGGUUCAACCCCAAAUCGAAGCCUAACCGGAAAAUCGAAGAUUCCGAGGCUCGCGUAUCUGGUGACGGGGACGAAAGGAGAUGGGAGACGUGUGAAGCGGCUGCUCGGAGCAAUAUACCAUCCGAGAAACUACUACCUUCUUCAUUUGGACCUCGAAGCUUCGGAUGAAGAGAGGAUGGAGCUGGCGAAGUAUGUGAGAGCGGAGAAGAAGAAGUUUGGGAAUGUUAUGGUUAUGGGUUUAGCUGAUUUGGUCACGGAGAAAGGUCCGACGAUGUUAGCUAGUACGCUUCAUGGUGUUGCGAUUUUGUUGAAGAAAGCUGAGGAUUGGGAUUGGUUUAUUAAUCUUAGUUCUUCUGAUUAUCCUCUCAUGCCUCAAGAUGAUAUUUUGCAUAUUUUCUCAUACUUGCCACGUUACCUGAACUUCAUCGAGCACACAAGCAACAUCGGUUGGAAAGAGAACCAAAGAGCAAGGCCUAUCAUUAUCGAUCCUGGCUUUUACCAUUUGAAGAAAUCUGGUGUCUUUUGGGCUAAAGAACGGAGAUCUUUGCCAGCUUCAUUCAAACUUUUCAUGGGUUCAACCAGCUUAGUUUUAACAAGACCGUUCAUGGAGUUCUGCAUUUGGGGAUGGGACAAUCUCCCAAGAACGUUGUUGAUGUACUAUACCAACUUCCUCUUGUCAUCUGAAGGCUAUUUUCAGACAGUUGUGUGCAACAACAAAGAUUAUCAGAACACAACUGUCAAUCACGACCUGCAUUACACAAACUGGGAUCCGCUUCUCCAACAGCGUGCCCUGAAUCUAACGGUUGAGAAUUUCCAGGAUAUGGUCCAAAGCGGGGCUCCAUUCGCAAGGGAGUUCCGAGAAGAUGAUCUCGUGCUCGAUAAGAUUGACACCGAGCUGUUAAGUCAAACAGACACGGGAUUGAGGUUGAAGACUCCGGAGGUUGUUAAGCCAACGGUGAGUUGGAAGAGGCUUGAGAAGCUCAUGGUUAGGCUUCUUGACCAUGAUAAUUUCAGGGCUAAGCAGUGUAAAUAGUUACUUUGUGUUGUUGUCUAACUCUUGAUGGUUGAUUUUAUUGUUCCAAUCAUUAAUUUUUCGUGAAAGGUUUAUUUUGCCUUAAGAAUAUAUUUGUUCUCGUUCGUCUAAAAAAUCAUACAGUACAUAAACACCAA